CAGGCGGAGACUGUCGCCGGGGAGGGAAAUUAAGUUUCCGUUCGAACUUUUACGUGUGUGAUUUUUAAAUUCCUAGUGAAGGAAGUGUCUACCUGUCUUUUUGUUGUCGUCCUGACACGGGCACGGUGCCAUGUUCAACACCAGUGCCCAAAAUUGGUUUGGCAUGGGCCAGACAUCGAUGGCUCCGGCCGCCGGUGUGGCCCAACUGGUCAACAACAAUUCGGGAAUCUAUAACCAGCAGUCGGUGCAAUCCCAGCAUCAAAAUCCUUUCAUGCGUCAGCGAUCGUUAACCAGCUCGAAUCCCGCCUUGGAACGCAAUACUGCCUUGGCCAUACGGCCACAGUCGCCACCGAAUGUCCAGGUGGAGUAUGAAGUUGCGGUGCCGUUCGUAUCCACCUAUAGACAUACUCCAUAUCACUCAUUAUGGGAUCUACAUCAGUGCUCAUCCACACCACCAACUAGCCUUUCCCACAUGGCAAGGAUGAUGGACUCCCUUAUCUUGGACUCCCUCUCGCCAUUUGCCUUCACCAAGAUCACGGCCACCAGUCGUCCCGCUCGAAAUGCCAAUGGUGUGAAAAAGCCUUCGCCGGAGAGCGGACACGCCCCGACAACAGAGCGCCCUCACCGACCCAUUAACAACCUGGGCCCCAACGCUCCCGGAGGAUUGGGAAUAGGGGGAAGUGUCCCCUUACGUGGCAAGCAGCGUCUGCCCACUCAAGUCUCCGUCACAGAAGUGGCCCCUCAACCACGGCCCAGCCAGACGGCUCAGAUGCCGUUCCCCUCACAGCAGCAGGACAAUCGCUGGGUGUCCUCGCUUAGACGGCGAGAUCCCGAGCUGCAACCUACACUGCCCUCCAUUAGUAGCACAAACAGCAGCCUAGGCCAGAGUCAUCAUGGCAGUGCGGGGAAUGUGGGCUUUGCCAGCGGAGGAGCACCCACUGCAGCCAAUAGUAUGGGCACUAUGCGGCUCGGCAGACCCGGAAGAGCUUCUGCAUUGACAGCUGCCGUGAGAAAAAGCAGAUCAGUGGAAAGGUUGAGGGCCAGAAAGCUCAGUACUAAUACCCAACUGACGCUCAAACACAAGCCGGUGAAGAAGAACUCCUUGGAUGAGAACUCCAAUUCGGAUGACCAGGAUGCCACCACAUCGCUGGAGGACAACUCGCAUGCUCAGUCCCUGUCCACCAAUCACAAUACACCCAAGUGCUCACCAAAGACCAAGGUCAAGCACUUCUCGCCACUAGGCUACGAGGGUCAUUUAGUGGACACCCUCGAGAAGGAUAUACUGCAGCGGCAUCCGUGUAUCAAGUGGACUGAUGUGGCCGGUUUAAAUGAGGCUAAGACCAUACUGCAGGAAGCGGUAGUACUUCCAGUCAUUAUGCCCGAGUUUUUCAAGGGAAUACGCCGACCGUGGCGCGGAGUCCUUAUGGUGGGUCCCCCAGGAACGGGCAAAACCAUGUUAGCCAAGGCGGUAGCAACUGAAUGCGGCACAACCUUCUUUAACGUAUCCUCCUCCACGUUGACCUCCAAAUACCGGGGGGAGAGCGAGAAACUAGUGCGUCUGCUGUUCGAAAUGGCUCGCUUCUAUGCACCCAGCACAAUCUUUAUCGAUGAGAUCGAUGCCUUAUGUGCCUCCAGGGGCAGCGAUUCGGAGCACGAGGCCAGCCGGCGAUUCAAGGCGGAGCUGCUCAUUCAAAUGGACGGACUGAACGCAAGCAAGGAGGAGGAAAAAGUGAUUAUGGUGCUGGCGGCCACAAAUCAUCCCUGGGAUAUUGACGAGGCCUUCCGUAGACGUUUCGAAAAGCGCAUCUACAUUCCUCUUCCGAAUGAGGACACACGUUCAGCCUUACUUAAACUCUGCCUAAAGGAUGUUUGCUUGGCCCCGAACCUGAACACCGCCUUAAUCGGUGACGAGCUGCAAGGAUAUUCCGGGUCGGACAUAAGCAACGUGUGCCGCGAUGCCUCCAUGAUGCCCAUGCGACGCCUCAUCUCCGGCCGCACUCCGGACCAGAUCAAGCAAAUACGGCGCGAGGAGGUGGAUUUGCCUAUAACGCUGCAGGACUUCCAAGAUGCCAGGCAGCGCACCAAAAAAUCAGUCUCCGCCGACGAUGUUGCCCGAUUCGAGAAGUGGAUGGAGGAGUACGGGUCCUGCUAGUUGUACGGGCUGCUGGCCCAGCACCCUUGAUAAUUGUAUCCCAUGUGUACUUCCAAGCCUCAAUUGCAAUACUUUUCAGUCUGUAUAAAUCGUAUUUGUUAGCUUAAAA